UAGUCUGAAGACAGAUCUACUUACACAAAAACACAACUACACAAGCUAAACACGAAGAACAAAGUGAGAAAAAGCGAACUAAAAGUGUAUUUAGGGCUGGUUCAUCAACAGUUUUUGGAGUAGUUUUUAGUGUUGGGACUAUAAUCUACAACUACUUGUCUUUCUUCUUUUCUCUCUCCUUCGUCAGUUCGCUGGAACUUCAAUGGAGUCUCCACCGUCUCCAACUUGUAGUUCGUCGCUUCCUUCUGCGUCGCAAUUCGCUCAUCUUCCUAUUAUGGCGAUGAAAGAGAAAAUUGUUGACAAAAUUAUGGAGAAUAGAGUCACUCUCAUAGUUGGUGAAACUGGUUGCGGGAAAAGCUCGCAAGUUCCACUGUUUCUCCGCGAAGCAAACAUGACCCCAGUCAUAUGUACACAGCCUCGAAGGUUUGCUGUUGUAGCUGUUGCUAAAAUGGUUGCAAAUGUUGUUCAAUGUGAUGUAGGAGGCGAGGUUGGAUAUCACAUUGGUCACUCUAAAGUCAUGUCGUCCAGUUCAAAAAUCAUCUUUAAAACUGCUGGUGUUCUGCUUGAAGAAAUGCGAGAGAAGGGAAUAAAUGCGCUCAAGUACAAGGCUAUCAUUCUGGAUGAAGUGCAUGAGAGAUCAGUAGAAUCUGAUCUUGUUCUUGUCUGUGUGAAGCAGUUUCUUUUUAGAAACAAAGACAUAAGGCUGGUGUUGAUGUCUGCGACCGCUGAUAUAUCAAGAUACCGGGAUUACUUUAAGGACCUUGGCAGAGAUGAGAGAGUGGAAGUCCUUGCUAUUCCCAGCUCUAGUCAGCACACCAAUUUUCAGCGGAAGGUCCUCUACCUUGAACAGGUCGUGGAAUUUCUUGAGGAGAGCGCAGAGUCUUCAGACUCAUUGUGUGUGAAAUACUGUUGCGGCACCACCCCAUCUAUGGCUAAGGCUGAAAUCAAACACGACGUGCACAAACUUAUUCACGAACUGGUCUUGUACAUACAUAAAAAUGAGCCGGACAUUGAAAAGAGCAUUUUGAUUUUCCUUCCAACUUACUAUUCAUUGGAGCAGCAAUGGUCCCUCUUAAAGUCAUUUAAUUCCGAUUUCAAGGUCCAUAUUUUACACAGCAGUGUGGAUACAAAUCAAGCUUUGAUGGCUAUGAAGAUAACGAAGUUCCAUCGUAAGGUUAUAUUAGCCACCAAUAUUGCAGAGUCAUCAGUGACAAUUCCUGAAGUUGCGUAUGUCAUUGAUUCUUGCCGGUCAUUACAAGUUUACUGGGAUGAGAAUCGAAAAAUGGAUACAUCUGAGCUUGUUUGGGUUUCUAAAUCUCAGUCUGAUCAGCGUAGAGGAAGAACUGGUCGAACAUGUGAUGGCCAGAUUUAUAGGUUGGUUACAGGAUCAUUUUAUAAUAAGCUGCUAGAAUUCGAAUCUCCUGCAAUUUUAAGGCUGUCAUUGAGACUACAGGUGCUCCUUAUUUGCUGUGCUGAAUCAAAGUUUAUCAAUGACCCGAAAGCUUUGUCCCAGAAGGCUUUGGACCCACCAGAUCUUGACAUUAUAGGGGAUGCACUGAACUUACUUGUGAGUAUAAAGGCCAUUCACAAAGCACAUCCAAGGGGUCGAUAUGAACCCACCUUUUACGGACGAUUGCUUGCCAGUUUCUCAUUAUCCUUUGAUGCUUCGGUGUUGAUCCUCAAAUUUGGUGCUGCUGGAAUGUUACGUGAGGGCAUUUUACUUGGCAUAAUGAUGGAUAUGCAGCCACAACCCAUUAUGCGUCCCUUUGGUCAGGAAAACUUGUUUAUGGAAUAUACAGAUUCCUACUUUGCUGUAAACGGAGAGGGUCCUUCUCUUGGUGGAAGGAAGGAGGUGGUUUUCUUGGCGAAUCUGUGUGCUUAUCAAUUUUGGCAACGUGUAUUUAAGGAUAAACUUCGGUUGCAGCAUUUGAAACAGCUUUUAAAAGUUGAAAACAUAAAAGUGCCACAGGCAUUGCUCCCCAAAUUUGAAGAAGAAUGGUGCUUCUUCCAUAAUUUAUUGCCGUCAUCGAUGAAUCAAAUUUCUGAAAUAUAUAAUGACAUUUUAUGUUCGUUGCAUCGAUAUAGGCCUAAGUUUCUUGCCUCUUCUUGUGGGUUACCCUCCUACUAUGAUCCUUAUGAAUUUAGACAUGAGUGCCUUCUAGAAUGUCAGCCAAGUAAUGAUUCUGUUGAUCUUCCUGAGGAAAAUGAGUCCAAUGAAAUGAAAAAAUGUAUUGCUAUGCCUUUUGUGUCCUCUCACCAGUUUCAAAGUCAAAGCGUGGCAGAGAAGUUUGCAAAUGCUAUUAAAGAGGUAGCACCCUUUGCAUGUCCUCCCUUUUUUCCUCACUUGAUAGUAUGCAGUCUCACUUGUCUAGUAAAUAUUGCUUGUCAGAUCCGAGUUCAGCAUGCAGGAAACUUGGUUGAGGACCCUCAUCACUAUGUUGAGGAGAAGGGGUCACAUUUUGAUGGGGAAAUAUCAAUGUGCAGGUUUUUUGUCCAAGGAUUUUGUAAUAGAGGCAAUGAUUGCCUGUUCUCCCAUUCCCUCCAAGCCAGAAGACCUGUGUGCAAAUUCUUUGCAUCUUUACAGGGUUGUCGAAAUGGUGGCUCAUGUGUCUUUGCUCAUGAGCUUGGUGCACAAGUUGUGUCACCUGGAUCAAGUUUAUGCAUUUCAGAAGAUGAAGGUGGUGAUGCUGCAGCAUUUGUGAAAUUAUUUCCCACGUCUUCCGAUGGUUGUCUAUUGGUGCUGGAUGAUACGGACUUGCAUUUUUCAUCAAACUUCUCUCAGCAUUGUGAACCAUCAAAAAUUAUAGCCACAACUCCUCUCUCACAGACCUCUGUAUUUGAUCCAUCACUCUCUGGUGUUCAAAUUUUGUGGGGCAAACAUCAACCUUUUGACAUUUUUACCUUCAGAGCAGUUCAAAAUCCUAUUUCUUGGGACAAAGUGAAGCGUGUCUUCUGGUUUCCAAAUUUUGAUAGUUGUGAUGAAAGCCCAGAAAGACAAAAGCGUCUUUUGCAGAACUUUUUUGAGCAUUUGGCUCUGCGCAUAUUGGCUGAUACAUUGUUCGACGUGCGUGUCAUCCUUACCAUGAACAAUAUCAGGUUCUCACACCUGCAGGUGGAGAAGUUGGGAAGAGAUUGCUUCUUCUUUCUGAUGGAGUCAUUUCGAUUUGAUGAGUCGACGUUUGGAGUUGUGCCAGAUGCUGUGAAUUCUAAAAGACCUCUAGUACUAUCCAGUCCCGUUUCCUAUGUUUUCACACUGCAUCCACCUUCUGACCUGCAGUUUGGAGAAUACGCUUCUGCCUUGCAUGAUCACUUGCACAACCACCAGUAAAUUAUCGGACUGGAGUUAUGAGCCGUGCAGCUUUUUGGACUUCAACCUGUUAAUAUUUAGUUUUAUCAGCUUAAAAUGAGGCAAUCUGUGCAGCUUCAAUAUUCGUCGUCACUAGUUUUAACUUAUCAGUAGCAUAGUACUCUAGUAAUUUUGUCGGAGGAACUGCACCCAUCUCUAACUAGCCAACUAAUGAUUGCAUUUUGAAAUAUGAUUA